GAAACAACAAAGAUUCGAUUUCAACGUACACAACCCACUGAAAAAAUGAUGAGCUUACAGAAAAAGCCACAACGAACCUUCAAAAAAAAUCUACGAAUAUUUGCCAGAAGAAAUACAAACUUACCGAAAGCACCUCAGAAAGACUACGAAGAAUCAAAGAGCGACGAUGAAAGAACACACCGAAGAAAAACAAUGAAUUAA